GUCACACACUGUCGGAGCAGAAAUUAGGCCAAACACAGUUUGGGAAACAAGUUGAGAGAAAGUUACACGGAUUAUCUUAGUGAUUUGGAUGAUGCUUUUUCCUACAGGAAGCUACAGUUAUAUGGUUGUAGGCUUGUAGCCUUAUUGACUUAUUGACUAGCAGGCAGUAAACAGCACAGAGUUUUCAUGAUUCAAUAAAACAGAAACUAGCUUGGAAAAUUAUGAUUUGUGAGAGUUAUAUUUGAUGGUGGAAGUGGGAGAUUAAUGAAAACCUUUUAAGCCACAGAGACUGUGAAUCUACAUAUACAGUUAAAUAAACUAGGUGCCGUAAAGCAGUAUUAGUCCGUACAUGGACUGCACAUAUUCUGAUGAGUAAAAUUGACUUGGGAGACAGAGAAAAACGAGAGCGCUAUUUGAGAUGUCUUGUAUCAGGAUUUAUUAUUUUGCUCCUAAUCCAGGGAGUUCUGAUGCUUUCUUUGUCGUCAUGGACCCUAAGUCGACAAAUUUUCGCUUGUACAUUUCUGCAUCAGUAUCAGGUGCCUGUAUAUCUGGACCUCAUCGUUGGAGCAGCAGUUACGAUACUCGGACUAUUUGGGGCGUACAAUAACAUCCUACGUGGCGGUAACCUUCAGUUUGUACGCAGAUUCCUGUGGAUUUUCAUAAGCGUACUGAUUGUAGAAAUCUGCUGUGCUGUUCUCAUAGGCCAUGACGCUGCAGCAAUUCAAGAUGGAGAUUUGUUAAAGAUCUUAAAGAAAUCACAGGGGGAGUACCUCCUCAAUGAUACAGAGGAGCAAAAGUGCUGGGACACACUACAAAUGAACUUCAAGUGCUGUGGUAUACAUAAUAUGAGCGAUUGGUCCCGCCCGCUGCCGCCAAAGACGUGUCUGUGUGAUGCUAAUUCCUUGUCUGCUAAAGAAAAUUGUGGUUUUCAAGGCCCCGGUGAAUACCAAGUUUACAAGCUUGGGUGCUAUGAUCUCUUACAUGAAGAAAUGAAGAGGGAUUUUUCUAUGCUUAUUGCAUUAAAUGUGAUUUGUACUGUUGUACAGAUACUGCAGGUUUUUGGCAGUGCGUACUGUGUGAUGAAAAUUCAGAAUCCUCUCACCGUCCAUGUCACUUAGUGCUAGUCCUUUAGGAUGCACUAGAUAUUUAUUUAUUUAUUUAUAUUGAUUUUCAUUUUUGUUCAAAUUUGUAAGAUUUACAAUGCCAAUUUUAAAAAAUCGACAUUUAGAAUCUUGAAACCGUCCAUGUUACCAAAUGUUAGUUAUUUUUUAUAUAACUAGUGUACUCAAAUAUUUAUGAAUUAAUAGUUUUCAUUUUAGUAUGAAUUUUAGAUUUAAGUAUUUUCAUUUCCCACAAAAACCUUUCAUGUUACUUAAUUCUAGUUGUUUUGUCAAUUUAUUUUUAUUAAUAUAUAAAUUUUAUUAU